CAAGAAGAAAGACACUAGUUGUUUUUUGCCAGGGGUAGAUUUGUGGCUUCCAUGGCUUCCUGCCGGGCAUGUGACCUCAAGGUGCUAGUGGCCAUUGUGUGUGGACUGCUGACGACCAUUGUUUUGGGACUGGGCAUCUGGACGACUGUGAUUAGAAUCCAGAAAGAACUAUCAACCUCCUCACCCAGUAUCCCUAUGGAGUUCUGCAAGAAUGGUGGAACCUGGGAAAAUGGCAGGUGCAUUUGUCCAGACUUCUGGAAAGGAUGGAGAUGUACAAUUGCUAAUUUCUGUGAAAACAGUACCUAUGGGAUUUUUACUUUUGAUAGAAUUCCAGCAGGAAAAUAUGGACCUUCCCAACAAAGAUGUGAUAAGGACACUUUAAACGAGGGCAAUCCGAGAGCAACCCGGCUGUGCAAUAUUACUAUGUAUGGAGAGAUAAAAUUAGAAAAUGUGACAAUAGGAAAUUGCAAUCAAACUCUGGAAGCCCUGGAAGAUCAGAUAGGCAAUAUCUCAACACAAUCUCUGAAUAUUUCUAAUGAAGCGCGGAUCUUAACAUCUGAUGUCAAUCGAAUAACUCCUGAGGGCGUCAUUUCUGCCACUAAAGUGGUCGGGGAGAUCUUCAACCCAGAGAGAAACGCUACACUUGAGGCAAAAGAAAUUGCGGUAACCACAGUGAGUCAACUUCUAGAUGCCGGGGAAGGUGUUUUUCAGGAAGCUGCUGCAGCUGGUACUGAUGAUGUCAACACCUUUGCAAUGCUUGUUAAGCAAAUGGAAAUUUAUUCCACGUCUUUGGGUAACAAGGCAGUGGUGGAGCCCAAUGUGGCAGUACAGUCUGUAGAUUUGUCUUCAGAAAGCACUGGGCAUUCCACAAGUGUUCGUUUCUCUGUGAAGAAAGGAUCUAGUGAUUCUCUCAUUCCUGGUUCCACAGUUGUGGAGAGAGAUGUGGAAGCCCUUAAUCCAAAUGGGCAGACUGAACUUCAAAUCCUGCUCAAUACCUCAACAAGUAACACAACGGCAUGUGGCUUUGUAGUGUAUCAAAACAACAAGCUUUUCCAAUCAAAAACUUUUAAAACUAAAUCAGAUUUUAGUCAAAAAAUUAUCUCAGGCAGUACUAAUGAAAAUAACAGUCAGGGAGCUUCCGUUGACAUUGUCUUUAAUCCAAAGUAUAACCAAAAAGAAUUCCAGCUCCAUUCCUAUGCUUGUGUCUAUUGGAAUCUUUCAACAAAGGAUUGGGACACACGUGGGUGUUACAAAAAUGGGAACACUGAUGACUUCUUGUACUGUCACUGCAACCAUACUACUAAUUUUGCUGUGUUAAUGAGUUUCAAAAAGAACUAUAAAUAUCCUGAAUCACUAAACAUAUUAUCCAGCGUUGGAUGUGCCCUGUCCAUUACUGGUCUGGUUCUCACAAUUAUAUUUCAGAUUGCCACCAGGAACGUCAGAAAAACUUCAGUAACUUGGGUGUUGGUCAGUCUGUGUGUAUCCAUGUUGAUUUUUAACCUCCUCUUUGUGUUUGGAAUUGAAAACUCCAAUAAGAACUUAAAGGAAAGUGAUAGUGACACCAAUAAGCCUGACUUUAACAGAAAUGAAAUGCUGACCCAAGACACUGUGUACAUCCCGAAUCCCAAGUGCACUGUGGUUGCCGUGUUGCUGCACUAUUUCCUGUUGGUGACGUUUAGCUGGACUGGCCUCAGUGCUGCACAGCUCUAUUUCCUUCUCAUUAGGACCAUGAGGCCUCUUCCUCAACGUUUCAUUCUGUUCAUCUCUUUAAUCGGAUGGGGUGUCCCGGCUAUAGUAGUGGUUGUAACAGUGGGAAUUAUUUUUUCUCAGAGCGGUUCACAGUGGGAGUUAGAUUACCGGCAAGAAGAAAUCUGCUGGCUGGCAGUUUCAGGAAAAAAUGGUCUUAUAACAAGCUCGUUGUUGUGGUCAUUCAUGAUGCCUAUCACCAUUAUCCUCAUCAACAAUAUUGUUAUAUUUAUUAUCAUUAUAGUCAAAGUGAUAUGGAAGACUAACCAGACUCUGACAAGCACAAAAAAGGUUUCAUUCCUAAAGAAGAUUCUUAGUACGUUAUCUAUUACAGUUGUUUUUGGAGUUACCUGGAUUCUGGCAUACUUUAUGCUGAUUGGUAAUGAUGACGUCAGGGAGAUCUUCAGCUACAUGUUCUGCCUUUUCAACACUACUCAGGGAUUGCAAAUUUUUAUCCUCUACACUGUCAAAACAAAAAUCUUCCAGAGUGAAGCUUCCAAAGUGUUGAAGUCGCUGUCAGAGUCCACUGGGAGAGUGAAGCUGCUGCCAUCAGUGACCCCACUGAGGCUUCGUUUGAGGAUGUAUAACAUGCUCACGUCCUUUCCAGCCCUGAAUGAACGCUUUAGGCUGCUGGAGCCAUCUGUUAUUAUGGAGGAAAUGACACCCUCUGAAAGUGACCAAGCCGACUCAAGCAUCUAGACAGUGAAAUUAGUACCUUUUGUAAUCCUCUUUUUGCAUAACUCAUGUUAAGUUUUGCUUAUUCUUUUUCUUUCCUUUAUUACUCAGUCCUCCCAGAAAGCCUCCCUCAAUAUAUUUAGCUCAAGGCUAAGAAUCAGGUAAAACCUGUUGUUUGUUAUCAUCCGGGAUAACGGAUUUGGUAGUUUUUUUCUAUUAUUCAAUAGAGUCUCACCUGAAUUCCACCCAGCAUUCAAGAUAAUUCAAAAUAUCAUUGUUACUUAUAUCAUAAAUGUGACAAACUUUGAUAAAACAAAUUCUUUUACAGUUUCCUGAAAAGAACAUGAGGAGAAAAUGUAUCUUCCAGAACAAAAUGACUCUUAAUGAACCCUGCAGGGAGUUGCUUAUAUAUAUAUAAUACUUUUGGUCUGUGACUAUCUUAAUUUGUAUGUACUUAUACUUUUAUUUCUGCUUCAGGAUUUUGCACCAGUUUAACCUCUGGAAAGGGAUAUUUUUUUCUGUUCAAAGAGAGCAUGUUUGGUGACCAGAGGGUUUAGCUGUAUAAAAAGUGGACAGUGAGACACAAAAAGAUGGGCUGGUUAUGAAAGCCUCUCUGUAUUUCUUUCUGGUUCUUGAUACAUCUGUCCUUUUAUUGAUGAAGAGACAUUGAGACUCAAAAAAUGAAAAGUUAGUUACAAGCACCACUUACGGCUUAAAAAAGAAAAUAACUGUUGAUGGAAUUUCAAACACUUGAAUUAUGAAUGGCUUCCUGAAUAAAAAAUGACCUCUACAAGACUGGGGAGCAUUCCCACUGAACUUAGGAGAUACAGUCUUUGAAUUGUGGUGUUUGUCUUGUCACAAGCUAGGCAAGUGCUAUGAGUGCCCUGAACUAAGGGACUAGUAAAUGCCAUGUGAGCUGUGCCAUACCCUUCUCACCAGACCCUAAAGGACAUGUGUUUUUUUUUUUUUUUCUAGAAAUGGUUGUAA